AGUUGAAGUGCAGUCGCCGGUGUGUUUGCGAGCGGUCUUUACGCAUCGUGCCCCAUGGCAGUGCAGGAGCAGCGGUAUACGCUCUUUGGGUUUUCGAAGGAGCUGGACUGGAGGCCCCUGCACUUCGUCGAUUCCAUACCGGCGCACAGAAUUUGCAACGCCUGUGGCUUGGUGCACAGAGUGACUGUGGUUCUGCCCUGUCGACACGUGUUGUGCAACACCUGCUACGCGCAGUGUCUCUCGGACAAGGUACACGGCUGCCCAAUCGAUGGGGACCUAUUUCUUGAAGAAGAUGCCCAACGGGGAGAAUUUCCUUUAGAUAGCCUGCUCAAGCGCAAGGUGAAGUGCUGGAAUGAAGACAAGGGCUGCGAGAUGAUCAUGGCUGCUUCGGAGCUACACCAGCACUUCCACGAAGAUUGCGGCCAUCACUCUACGCGGUGUCCGAAAUGCUCGGCGUGCAUUCUUAUCAGCAAUGUGCGUGCUCACCGAAGCAGCGACUGUAGCGCUGACGCACAGCUGGACACGGCCGGGACAUUAAAACCGGAUAACGACUCGUCUCAAGAAGCCGUGUUGGCCUCCUUGGAGGCCAUAUUGGAAAAACGCGUCGCAGAAGUGAGAUCCGGGCUCGAUCAACUUGCGCGCGAGAUCAUCCAGUGUGACAAGUUUACGGAGCUUACGCACACCGUCAAUGACUUAAGAGAGGUGGUCAUAAAAUCAUCAGAAGAGCAAAUCUGCGCUGCAAACGAAGCUGGCAUCGAUGUCGCUAGAGAAGUUAAAGAAGACCUCGCGUGGCAAGGGGAUCGGCUCAAUGAAAUUUCACUGCGCGUAACGACUUUAAGCGAGAAGGUGGAAGAAGUUCUUCGUGAAGCAACGAAGAAACCACUUGAGCAAUCGCAAAAGAAGAAAGAUGAAUUGUGUUACGAUGGGACAGCAGAUGGGAGCUCACCGAAGAAAGUUUCCGAAACAGUGAGCGUAUUCGAAGGCACUAUGGGGAAAGCUUCAGAGCAUGCUAGGGAGACCAUUUCCCAAAUGCCUUCUUCAAACACUGACUCUUCUUCGGUUUCAAAGACCACGGAGGUACCAACCGGCGUUAACCCAGCCAUUUUGACAAGAGAUUACCUUCCCUGGUUCAGCACGCUAAAUGUUAAGCACUACGAGUUUCACGUCAAGGGAAUAAAAUUACUGAAAGAAAGGGCGAUGUCAAACGGCUAUGCCGGCAGUUACAGAGGCACAACAUACCUGGGUGGAUACUGUAUCUCUCUCGGAGUGUACCUGAAGAAGAGUGGUAGUUCAAUGUCAGUGCACGCCCUGGUACGCCUGAACAAGGGAGUGAUUGACAGUUUCCUCCAAUGGCCAUUCAGCCAUAGGAUUAAGCUCACCUUCAUAGACUCGUCAAAAAGUACGCACCACACAUUUUGUGUUGCCACAAUUGGGAAUCUUUACGACAAACGGUUCGAUCGACCGACAAACACAGCAAAUGAUGGGGUGUGUUCUGCGGCAGGAUGCCGUAUUGAGGGACUCGAACAGCAAGGCUACCUUCGUAGUGACGAGUUCUGCGUCAAGUGUGAACUUUUAGUUUCUAAUGCUAACUGAAGUCUGCGAUGGCAGCAUUCGGAACUUAGUGGGAGUCGCUCGUAGGGCUGUUAAAACUCACCGAGGAAAAUCAGUAGAUCAAUCUGAAUCGCAACAAAUAUUUUCACAAGUGCGGCCAAUGUCAACUUGAUUUUCGCAAUUCCCAUGCAGACUAUUUCAUUGCUUCUUUACUUCUAAUCGCAUAUGAUUCAGUACAUAUUCAUAAAAGUUAUUUAUAUUAGUUUAGGUAGAUUAUUUAGUAGGAUUUUCACACAGUGCCUCAGCAAAUGCUUUGGAAUUGUCCCCCAUUCACCAGUAAACUGUCCUUCCUGUGAUGGCCGACACUCAGUCAUUAUGAAUUUCGGAAGCAGCCAUUACAGAGAUAAUUCUAGUGGGCAUCUGUCGCUUGCGCGCAUAUUCUGCGCAGUGCACAAGAAAAUGAGCUUUGUCCGGAAGCUGAAGCCAGAAAAUCCACGAAGACGUGCCAACAGCUAUAAACACCCUCGUAGGUAUAUCCCCUAUUUACCAUACCUUAUUGAGUCGAGUGGGAGCAUGCACAGGAAAGCUUGGCCGUGUCGUUUUGUAUGAAGUUUUGUAAGGAUUCACCAGGCACCAUGCUUAAAGCUCUCGCUACCUAAACAGUUUAGCUUACCUACGCCUGCGCUGCUUGCAACGCCAGCGCCGUGAAAGCCGGUGGUCUCUGUCGCGCAAGCGGGCUUUGUUCGUGUCUGUGUGUGUUUGCUAAUGAUAACAUAUGUAGAAACAGAAAAAAAUAAUUUCCGAAUAAAAUUUUUCACUUGAUAAUCA